AUGCGGUUCGAAGAUUGGGAUAUUUUGCUCUUCCCUCGGGACUGCAAGGUUCCCGUCAAAGAGUUCAAGGUAGCCUGCCAUGUUAUUCACGAUACAGAAUUCACCAGCCCUCACGGCUCUCUCGGGCUGCCCACGGUCUGUUGCUUCAUACCGAGUUUGGCUUCCGGAACCCCAUUCCAAGUUUCGAUCCAUUCAUGGUCCUCUCCGACUGUCAGCCAGUUUACCAGAUGCUACAGCAAAUAUGGCGACAGUGCCAACUUUGAGGCACGCGUAUUCAUCGACGGGCAGUUGGUUGCGUAUGUCUUGAUUCCGCUCCUGAUACCACUCUUGAACAAGCAUGUUGCUACCGAAAAUUGCUUUGGCUGGUUAACGCUAUCUUUUACAGGUCUGCAACUCUGGAUAGGGAGAGUGAUUGGCCGCAUGUUGUCAUCCACAGUUUCGGUAAGAAGCGCAACCGUGGCAAUUGUGGCCUCGAUGCAUUUACUAACCCGCAACCACCACAGGGGUUUCAAAGAACGGAGAGCUCGAGCCUCUGAGGUUUCCAAGCUUCCGUGA